GGUAGGUACAGUGCGCGACUAUCGACUUGUGGACGUCUCUUCACUAUGCUUGGCAGCUGUUUUUCGACUAUCACUAAUCUAUAAUCCUCUUAUAUCACUUGUACAAAACUAGUGUAAAUAUGGACAUUAGAAGGAGGACAACCUAUUUGUCUCGAGGCGCUGAUGGUCGUCCGUCGCACAACUACAGUUCGUUUUUUCAAUCUGCACAGAAAAAAUAUUGCAAUGCAGAUCCUGAAAGUGGUAUUCGUCUCGUUGGACCAAUGUUUGAACUAACUGCUUGUGUAGAGCUUAAAGGAGAUGAGGAAGAUUUUGAAACGAUGUAUCCGGAUACAUCACUUUCAUUCGGCCCAACUAUUUGUUCAUUUGGCCUGAAGUAUAACGAUCAUAAUUACGCCCUUCCUUCAGGAUUAACUCCCCCCUCAAUGGCACCCCAUUUAAUGGAUCUUCAAGUGCCGAAAAAUAAAUUUUCAGAUACAAAGCUGAACAAUCUCUGCUCGAAAAAUUUGUUUGCCCAAAAGUCAGGCUGUAAAUUAGGGGCUGAAGAUAAUGGGCAAAAACAUAAUAUUGAUAAGCGUUUCGAUAGGCAAAGUUCACUUACUUUUAAACGCUCCACACUCGAAGGGAAUGGUAUGUACAGCAGUGAUGGUAAAAAGCACUCUAGUGGGAUAUGGUAUUCUAAAUCCAUAGAUCUCGACGACAAAUCGUUGGCGGAUAGUGAUUCGAAGGAUCAGUAUAUACCUUCACGAUUUGGCUCACAAAUUUCCAAUUAUGAACAAAUGGAGUUACGGUGUGAACCUGAGUUGAAGGUCAUUGAAGUGCCCGAAGAACUUGCUGUUUCACCUUCUCAGUUAAGUGAUUUGGAUAGUGACACAUCAGAAGUGGAUUAUAUUGCAAAGAUCGUUAUUCCUUCUUCCGAUGGCUCAUAUAUUCAGCCGGCUGUUGAUAACGCUUGGGUCGGUAAUAAUGUAUGGGCUGAUGUCCGCUGUGUAUGUGGUCACUCUCAACCUAAAUCCGGACUUAUACGAUGUCCCAAAUGCAGUACUUGUCAACAUGUACAGUGUAUGGAGUCAUAUUACAAUGUUACUAUGCCUCGAUUGAGUGAUGGAUAUACCUGCAAUGUAUGUGGAAAUGAAAAUACUGAAUUUCAAGGUACAUCUAACCAAUCAUCGGACACAACAACAAAUGCCAAUGCAAACAAGGAUUGUGUUGCUCUAAAUGAUGAUACUACGAAUUUUAUUGAUGCUGCUAAUAAUUCGUCAAUAAAAUUGACUCAAUCUUCUGAUGGGAACAUUGGAGCUCAGUAUGUAGAAGUUGCUGCUGAUAGAGCGAAAAGAUUGGGUCUUUUGUCGAAUAACUGCAAACUGGAUGCUGAUGGUUCUACGUUUUCUGGGUCUUGGUCUGGUCACUCUGUUGUAAAAGAACAUGAUACUACUGGACGUUCUGGUUGGUCAUCCGUGAAUUGGGAAAAAUUGAACGAAAUUUCUCGUUCUGGUCGCAGGCAUCAUGGUGAUACAGAUGUCAAUUUGAGAAUGCCAUCUCCUCCAAGAGCAUCUAAGCGGAAGCAAGACCUAACUUCUACAUCGUAUAAUGACACAGAAGUUGCCACAGCCGAUUCGUCUUCUGAACAAAAUUCCAACACUACCGUUAUUUUACCAAAUAGUGGUGAUGAGUCAUCUUCUGUAGAUGUAACACCUUCGAGCACACCGUCAAAUACUCCAAUGAAACCAGGGACUUUACCACUCACUCCUGUCACUCCCACAAGUACACCUGGUGGCACGCUUACACCUGGUUCUGGAUACAGUAGUUCUUCAGGUGUAGAAGGCAGUCCACGUCGUCACAGACUAGGUAUUGAUCGUUCAACUAAUAAAGUCAGAAGAGUUCUGUUUUCCGAUGGCUCCAAUUCAACGAAGCGUCGUUUUGACGCUCGAACUAAUCCUCUUGGUGCAGCUUGGGCUAAGGACUAUCAGGAAGCUGAAAAUAAUGUUUAUACGAAAGCUCUGCUCGAACGUAUACAGAGUAGAAUAUCUGCUAGCGUCGAGCGAAAUCAUAAAAUCCCCCCGGCAUGCUUAACUCGGAGUUCGCUUUGUCGAGUUGUCCUUUUUGAUCAUAAUGAUAAGGGCUUAGAAGCAUCAAUCAGAUUAGCACCGAAUGAAGUUGUGACUGAAGUUCGAGGUCAUUUCUUACUGAUGGAAGAAUAUGAACACUAUGUAGAUCCUGUUUCCGACUAUAAUCGUUACGUUAUGUUUUAUCGUGGGUUUGGCGAUCGGACGAUUGUCAUUGACUCUAGUCAAUAUGGAAAUAGUGCACGAUUUGUUCGACGUUCAUGUAUUCCAAAUUGUAGACUCGAGCAUUACGUUGUUCAAAAUAAACUUAAAAUUGUAAUUCGUACGUCUGUUGAAGUAAUGCCUGGAACUGAGUUAACCAUACCUUUUGACUUGGACUACCGGGCGUGUCGUUAUCCUUUGGAUUGUGCUUGUGCAAGAUCUCGUUGUCCCGUUCUAAAGUGGCGACGAAAAUUGCUUCGAAAUAAAGUGGUGCCCAACUUGGAUUAUAGUAAAUAUAUUGAAUCACAGCUCAGAGUGUGAGUUUUGUUUCCAAAUGUUAGUAAAAUUAAGCUGUAAAUUUUGAUGAUAUAUUAAUUGUUCAUUUGUCAAUUUUUUCGAUGCACUGUUGUAUCCGAGUAUUUACAUUAGUUGUUAGUAAAAUAAAAGGAAUACUAACAUUAAUCACCCACUAUUUGAACAAGGUACUGUGUUCGUAACAUAUUAUGUGCAUUGAUUGAGGCUUUUCUGGAAAUAACCUGAAAUUAAAAAUAAUUACGUUGCUGAUUUUUAAAAAAUAUACCACAUUUAAAGAAAAUUGGAGCGUUUCUACAUCGAUAUUUGACCGUCAUUUUUACUGCUUUUGAUUUCCAACGAAAUUUUUUAAAAUUGUGUAAUGCAUAAGUAAUAUUACAUUUACUGCUCUUAGCUUUUAUGACUCACUUUUUUAAAUUUAUGUUGUAGACUUUCCAAACCUUUAUCUCAAGAAAGUCCGACAAAUAGAUCUUUUGAUUCCAGUAGUUUAACAGCAUCUCCAUUAGUAAAAACAUCUGCCACUUCAAAUAGUACUAUGAAUCAACCUAUCGGUUUAUCACCUAAUGUUAAUUACAAUUUGUAUAAUAUAAAAUCAUCACCUGGUACUUUUCGUAGAGAGGUUGAACUACCUAUCCAUGACUGUGAUUCUUUGAUUGCUGAAAAAACAAAUCAGAGUGAUUUAGAUUUAAAUACAACUGAACAUUUAGACAGUUCUGUUUCCUUGAACUGUGCAUCGUCUUCUACGAUUAUAAAUCAAAGGGAAAGUAGUGAACAGGUUAAUUCAGAUCUUAUCAAUUCCGAGAAUAAGAAUGUUGCCGAAUCUGAUUUCGUAACUGACGAAAAUCAAAUUCCUGAAACUUCUCAACCUGUAGAUAUAUCAGCUGAAAGCAAUUCAAGAACAUCUUCAACGAAGAUUAAAGAUUCUUCAUUUCGGAAAAAUCAAAAUACGAGUGAAGAAAAACUGCCUUUUGAACCUAUCAUUACUACAAGAAGACAGGCUGCAGCUUUGAAAAAUAUCUUAAGAUAGUGGAUGUUCGAAUCUUUCACCACUAGCAAGGUAAUUUACUUUUCUAACUUGAAAACAUUUCCACUUUUUUUAAAACAUACUACUGUUCUGGUAGAGCUAUUGGGUCAUGAUAAUAAUGACGUAAAACUUAUUUCAGUUAGCCAGAUAACUUUUUGUUUUGCUAAUAUUUUUAUUUCUUUUCUUUGUAUAUUGUCAUUCAACAAUUUUUAUGUGUUUUUUUUCUUUGUCCAUAUUUAGUUUAGUGUAAACUAACUUGUGUUUUCUUUCUGUUUGCGUAAUUGGAUUAUUUCCUUUCCUGUUCCCCGCUUUCAAAUAACGAUGAUGAUAAUGAUGUUAUAGUGUGAUUUUCCUCUCCACUUUGUACAUGCUUUAUUACCUUUUACAUUGUUGAUUUCGUCAUGUUUUGUAAAUGACGUGUCUGUAUUCUAUUACUUGGUUCUGUGUAUACUCUGUCAUUAUUAUUUGCCAGUAAAGUAAUGAGAGAAAUUCGCAUAAAAUGUAACAUAUCAAAAAGGAAUAUUUCCGAAGUAAUCUAGAGCUCUAAUUAUUGCGAUUGUAUUAUUUUCUUUUACUCAAAAAUAUAUAACGCUGAAAAUGCCUUCUCCAUAU